UGCAGAGUGGUUUGACGUUACCAUGGAUGGAGUGAGCCACCUGCAGUGGUUGCUAGAGGGGCAGGUGCUCCUGGCUGGCUGUACCGCCUCAGCACCUCUGCCCCAGGGUUGUGACCUUAGAAGUGCGGGGUAGCCCUAUGCCGAGGUGUUGCAGCUCUUGUCUGUCUGAAACGAGGUACUGAGUGGCCAAAAGAAAGUUGGUUCCCUGACACAUCUGACAUGUCCACUGCCCUAAAACUGGUCACAACUCUGCCUGGGUUUGUGUGAGGAGAAUGCCUGAAUGCCUCCGCAGGCGUAAUGUGUCUGUAGGGAGCCUUACAGCAGUGCCAGGUUUGGCUUAGCUACCAUACGGUGUACCUGCAUGGGACUCCAUUUCCUAUUACCCACUAAUGAAGAUUGCCCAGUGCUGCUUCACGUCCUUCCAGAGUGCAGAGAGCAGCUAAACUUAAACCUCUAAAAAACAGGAAGUACAAAAUUAAGGGAAGAAGAGGAGAUGGAGUUUGAAGUAAAAGAGGAAUGAAGUAAAAGAUUUUAAAUCUCUUAGACAGUGAGUCUAACAGCAACAUACUUUGACAACAUCUCCAGGGCACCAUCAGAAGAGAAAUGUUCACAGAAACUUGUCCUGUAUAGUAGAUGAGUAAGAGGAUGAAGGAAUGCUACAAACAGCACCAAUAUAGUUGACAGCAAGAAGCUGGCUCCCAAAUGUUGUGACCCAGGAUUUUGUAAGCCUCUUGAAGUUCUGCUGCACACAUCUAUCUUGUAGCUGCUUCUGGUGAAUAUGUCUAUGAAAUACUUAAAAUGGAGUUUUUUGGCACUCUUGAUGCUUUCUGUCAUAAUAAUGACAUGGUACAUGACACUCCCUUCGCAUAUUGUGAUAGAGCAUACAAACUCGAUGUAUUUCUAUGAAUAUGAGCCAGUUUACAAGCAGAACUUCCUCUUCACGCUGCGGGAGCGUUUGAAAUGCAAAGAUACAAAUCCAUUUCUGGUCAUCUUGGUGUCUUCACAACCUACGGAUAUAGAAGCAAGGCAGGCCAUUAGAGUAACAUGGGGUUCUAAAAACUCCUGGGGGGACAGUCAGGUUCUAAUACUGUUCUUACUAGGACAAGGAGCUGAAAGAGAAGACAGCUUAGCAUUAUCGAUAGAAGAUGAAAGCAUUCUGUAUGGUGACAUAAUUCGCCAAGAUUUUAUGGAUACUUAUAACAAUCUUACCUUGAAAACAAUCAUGGCAUUCAGAUGGGUGUCUGAGUUUUGUUCAAAUACUAAAUACGUUAUGAAGACUGAUUCUGAUGUUUUCAUCAACGCUGGCAACUUAUUAAUGUUUCUUCAAAAUGUAAAUUCUUCAGACAGUUUUUUUACUGGUUACCCUCUAAUUGAUAACUUUUCCUACAGAGGGUUUUACAGAAAAACAUAUAUUUCUUAUGAUGAAUAUCCAUUUAAGGUAUAUCCUCCAUACUGUAGUGGAAUGGGGUAUAUACUUGAUGGAAAACUGGCUCUGAAGAUUUAUGAAAUGAUGAGUCAUAUCAAACCUAUUAAAUUUGAAGAUGUUUAUGUUGGAAUUUGUUUAAAUAUACUAAACGUGAACAUCCAUAUUCUAGAAGAUACACAACUCUUCUUUUUAUACAAAAUUAACUUUAACAUCUGUAAAUAUAGACACUUGAUUGCGGUACAUGGUGUAUCUUCAAGUGAAAUGAUCAGAUUUUGGCAGGAUUUAUUGACAGACACUUCAUUCACUUGCCACUGAUCCCAUGUUAAUAUAGGUCUGUCAAAAACUGACUGCUUUGUCCUGGUCUCUUGGUUUGAAUUGCACUGUAGAAAGUGUCUAAACUGAAUUUUGUAGAACAAGGAAAUGGAAAUGGGGUUUUAGAAUGGAUCACUCAGGCUUAUGGGACCAUCCUGAUUACUAGGCACCAUUAAAACAGCAGAAUAUCUCUAGAGGGUUUUCAAUAUGGUGUUUUUAAAUUGAGAAUGAGUCUUUGUCGCACCUUUUUUAUUCCAGAAUUAUUUAAUUAUAUAUUAACAGUAUUCUGCUCACUCUACCCCUCUGGUUCAUUUCUGAACAGUCUGCUGCAAGUAUGGGGUCAUUCUGCCACCUCCCCAGGAAUCUGUUGUCCUGGGAUUUAUGGAACUGCAGCAGCAGCACCCCUUUUUUUCCUCAAAGAACUGUCCCACAAACCUAGACCCUGGGGCAAACUCCUGUCUGUUUUCCUUCAUAUGGAUACCCAGCCCACUCUAGGAAAUGUCUCAUCCUGUGUCCCCAUCAACAACACAUGAACUCCUCCUCUGCACUUCAUGAUGCUCAAAGUUGCUUGCUUAGUCAACCCUAAUGAUUCCUUUAGAAAUAUUGUGCCAAGAUUUUCAAAAUUAGGAGUCUAAAAUUAAACAGCCAUGUUUUCACUUUAGUCAGCAGAAUUUCUAGGUACUCAGCAUUUUAGAAAAUCUGGCUGCUUUUUUAGGUGCCUAGAUAUGUAUUUUAUAGAAUUGCUUUAAUGGCUUCAGAUAGCUGCAUUAUUUUAUGUAGUGGUAAUUGUGUUCUGAGUACAUUAAAAUAGAAGGCCAGAUCUACUUAGUUCAAAUAACUUACUUUCAAGUUGCUCUGCAAUAUAGGACAGCAACAUUUAUGCACUAAUAGGCCCAUCUCCACACCUAUCAGAAUCCAGGCAGGGAGAAUAAGCAAUGAGGUUUGCUGUGAAACUUGCCAGUUUAAAUGGCUUUCAAAUGCUGAGAUCAGCUUCCAUUUGCAAAAUGAACUGUUUGCUUCAGAGUUUAAAAUAAAAAUUUGGAAAUAUUGUUUCUAACAGGAAUUUUAACAACAGAAAACAAAUGCGAUUUUGUAUGUAAAGACCAGUAUUUUAUUGUCUUAGUCAUAUCAGCAAGGCCAUGUUUCCAGUAGUUUACGCUUCUGGUAGACAAUACAGAAUCUGCAAUUGCAUUAUCACAGUUCUUAUUCUUGACACAUCUAAAAUCUAUCACAUACCAAAGAUACAACAGUUACAUCCUGUACAUCUAGCACUGCCACUUUACUUCUAGUCAUACUAUAGCUAAUGUUAUGUUUAUUUACAUUUAAUUUGACUUUUAAAUAGUCUCUUAGAGACAAAUGUAGAAUAGGUAUAAAAAAAACUCCACUACUAAUACCAAGAAUGAGGUUUCAUCAAUAUUUUUUAAUGAGCACUAUGAUCAGUGUUGAAUUUUGAUAACUUUGUAAUAAGAUUAUUUUAAACUUACUAUGACUUGAACAUUUGUUUAUUUUAAUAGUGAGUGUUUGCCCCAUGAACACUGAUAUUCAGUAUAGCCAGACAGUGGUUAAUAUUGCUUUAAAAAAAAAUACUUUAGGUUGAAUCACAAAAAGACUUUGCAGUCUUCACAAAGCUGAUGUAAGGCAGACGGCUCCAGCUGAGAAAAUAGGUAUGACAGUAAGAGAAAAGUAACUAACUUUCUCCAAGCAAGAUACUUUUGUGCCUGACAAGGCUCUAUGGCCCAGAGUGAGAAACACUGAUCAGCGAUCGCAGGGCUUUUGCCUUCAGAAAUGUAGAUUUAUACACAGUUUAUUCAACCUGAAAUUGUAACUUAGUGACAAAACUGACGUUUUAUUUUGAAACAGCCUCUUAGUAAUUUAGACAUUUUUCUUGCUUCCCCCAUUUCCAAACAGAUUUGAACUUAUUUAUUACUAGAAGCAUAGAAAUAUGUAUUACUGCUUGCCAUGUUACCUCAACAAAAAUGGUGGUUAUUUUUAAAAAAAACAAACCUGAUUGUAAGAGGGGCAUUUAAAAUAAUCGUGUGAAUUUACACCAUCAGGCAAUUUUAAUGUAGACUACAAUUUGGGCCCAAACUACUAUGUCCCGUUAACAUGUUCUGAUAAAAAUGAAGUGUAAAAUUCAGCCUAAGAUUUUUUAUGACCCUGAUUAUGAACUUAUUGGUCUUGCAAAUGAUGCAGAUGAAGCAGGUCAAACAUCCUUCAGGACCAUACAUAAUCUCACAGAACGGUGGUAUGCACAAAAAUGCCUCAAACAGUGUUUGGUAUUUAGAGUUUUAUUA